AGGGAACCUUUAAGACUUGAAGCAGAAUGGAGAUCCAUAUUUGCUUGAGCCUCCUUGGCUGCGUUUUUAAAAUCCUCUUCCUCCAGCUCUCUCUUUUCCAACCAGCUUCUGCUCCUCCACCACCCACCCUCAGGCAUCCAGAAUCCAGCAGAGAUCUGAUACCAUCCCCCAUUAUUCGCUUCCCAGGGGACAUUUCUCCCAAAUCAGAUAAAGAACUGGCAUUGCAAUACCUGAACAAAUAUUAUGGGUGCCCCAAAGACAACUGCAAUUUGUUUGUGCUGAAAGACACUUUGAAGAAAAUGCAGAAAUUCUUCGGGCUGCCUGAAACCGGCGAACUGGACCAGAACACGAUAGAAACGAUGAAGAAGCCUCGAUGCGGAAACCCAGAUGUGGCCAAUUAUAAUUUCUUCCCGAGAAAACCAAAAUGGGAAAAAAAUCCGGUAACAUACAGGAUUUUAGGCUACACACCAGAUUUGGACUCUGAAACAGUGGACGAUGCUUUCGCCCGAGCCUUUAAAGUCUGGAGCGAUGUCACGCCCCUGGAAUUUUCUCGUAUAAAUGACGGGGAAGCAGAUAUCAUGAUCAAUUUUGGACGAUGGGAUCACGGUGAUGGGUAUCCGUUCGAUGGCAAGGACGGCCUCUUGGCUCAUGCUUUUGCGCCUGGGCCAGGGGUUGGCGGUGACUCCCAUUUUGAUGAUGAUGAGCUUUGGACUUUGGGUGAAGGACAAGUUGUCAGAGCGAAAUACGGAAAUGCAGAUGGAGAAUUUUGCAAGUUCCCGUUCCUUUUCAACGAUAAGGAAUAUAACAGCUGCACGGAUGCAGGACGCAGCGAUGGAUUCCUUUGGUGCUCAACAACGUACAACUUUGACGUGGACGGCAAAUACGGAUUCUGCCCUCAUGAAUCACUUUUCACAAUGGGUGGAAAUUCCGAAGGGAAGCCCUGCAAAUUCCCUUUCAAAUUUCAAAGCACCUCCUAUGACAGCUGCACGACGGAAGGAAGGACAGAUGGAUACAGAUGGUGUGGUACCACUGACGAUUAUGACCGCGAUAAGAAAUUUGGUUUUUGUCCUGAAACAGCAAUGUCCACAGUCGGUGGAAAUUCUGAAGGAGAACCCUGUAAGUUUCCAUUCACGUUCCUUGGGAAUACGUACGAGUCUUGUACCAGUUCUGGACGUCAAGAUGGGAAAAUGUGGUGUUCCACAACUAGCAACUAUGAUGAAGACCGCAAAUGGGGAUUUUGUCCAGAUCAAGGCUACAGCCUUUUCCUGGUUGCCGCUCAUGAAUUUGGCCACGCCAUGGGACUAGAACAUUCUGAAGACCCUGGAGCGCUGAUGGCUCCUAUCUACACCUACACCAAGCACUUCCGUCUUUCCCAAGAUGAUGUUCAAGGAAUCCAGGAACUUUAUGGAGGUUCUACUGAUGUUGGACCUGGCCCUAGUCCUACUCUUGGACCAGUCACACCUGAACUGUGCAAGCAAGACCUGGUCUUCGACGCCAUCGCCCAAAUAAGAGGGGAAAUAUUCUUCUUCAAAGAUCGAUUCAUCUGGAGGACUGCAAACCAGCGGGGAAGACCCACUGGGCCCUUGCUUGUCGCAACAUUCUGGGCUGAAGUACCAGAAAAAAUCGACGCCGUUUAUGAGGCCCCUCAGGAAGAGAAAACGGUCUUCUUUUCAGGGAAUGAAUACUGGGUCUAUUCAGCGAGCACUUUGGAGAGAGGUUAUCCAAAGAGACUCACUAGCCUGGGACUGCCUCCUGACGUUACACAGGUCAAUGCAGCUUUCAACUGGAGCAAAAACAAGAAGACGUACAUUUUUGCAGGGGACAAAUUUUGGAGGUACAAUGAAGUGAAGAAGAAAAUGGACCCCGGCUUCCCCAAAUUAAUUGCAGAUGCUUGGAAUGGUGUUCCAGACAGCUUAGAUGCUGUUCUUGACGUGAGCGGAACAGGCUUCAGCUACUUCUUCAAGGACUGGUAUUAUCUCAAACUGGAAGACCAGAGUCUGAAGAUUGUUAAAGUUGGCAAUGUGAAAUCUGAUUGGCUAGGCUGCUGAACUGAGUGACAGUUUAAUAACCAAAAACAUGUACACUUUU